AUGAGAAUUAGAAUGAUGACGGUGACGGUGGUAGUGGUGGUGGCUUUUCUACUGCCGGGUGCGAUGGCCAAGCUGUAUAAAGUGGGAGACGAACAGGGAUGGAGCCCGAACGUGAAUUACACUGAAUGGUCCGCGGAUAAAGAAGUUAACGUCGGUGAAUGGCUGAUAUUUAAUUUCGACAAGAGGUACUACAAUGUGCUGGAGGUGAAUAAGACUAGCUUCGACAGCUGCAAUGACCAAGUAUUCAUAACCAAUAUCACCCGUGGCGGGCGAGAUGUGUUUGAACUGAAAGAGGCUAGGCCGUACUACUUCCUCUCAAGCGGAGGCUACUGCUACCAUGGAAUGAAACUUGCUCUUGUUGUCCAAGAACAGCCGCCGCUUGCUCCGGCACUGGCUCCCGCCAAUAAUGCUUAUCCCAGUUCAUUAACCUCCUGCGGUCAGAUCUCCAUUCUGUCCCUGAUUUUGGCUUCCAUUGCUUUGAUGACAAACUUUAGUUAG